AUGGAACCAAGUCUGAAAGUUGGUGGUUCAACGGAGAUCAUCACUACAGAGCAGAAUGGUAGCAAUGGAAAUCUAGCAAAUAUCAUCAUCAAUCAUCAAGUGAAUGUGGUCGAUAACAUUAGUACGACGAGCAGCAAUACAACUACCACUACUACUCAGAGUUAUCUCACAAACAACACAAUCACCAAUAGCGGUACCAACAUUCCAUGUGUCGCGCUGGAGCCGUUUCCUCACGCGCCAGGCCGCUUCCUCAUUCACGAGGCGGUCUACAACAACGAUAUGAACACGCUCAUUGAAAUAUUGGGUGAAGUCGACAACAGCACCACCGAAUCACAGCAAUCCGCAGCACUUUCACCGCAAACUGCAGUCGAUCUCAAUGACAAGGAGAAUGAAGAUCGCGACGACGACGAAGACGACGACGACUCGCCGUUGGAAGCUGGCAAACUCUCGGUUAACGAUCGCGAUAGUUUGGGUCGCACACCGCUGAUGUAUGCAAACAAGUUGGAAACACUGAGAUUCCUGCUCGCCAAGAGCGCACGUGUCAAUCUUCGUGACCAGGAGCGUCAGACUGCGAUGCACAGAGCCGCUUUCAAUGGACUCACUGAGAUACUGUCGGUGCUAUUGGAUUGUGGAGCGCAUAUCAAGCGCGAUAGCAAUGGUUGCACUCCACUGCAUCUCGCCUGUUCCAUUGGAUCGAUAUCGUGCGCGUCAACGAUGAUUGAGAAGGGACCGAGACGCGUCAAAGCAGAGGCACGUGACAAGAAAGGAAAGACUGCGCUCCACUAUGCAGUGGAGUCGUCAUCGCCCGACGACAUCUCUGUUCACAUUGUGAGUGCACUCGUCAGUGGCGGAUCGAUGCUCGACUCGAAAGACCGUGAAAAGAAAUCGCCACUCCACAUUGCCGCCAUUCUCGGCAAGAUCAAGUGCAUUGUGAUGCUCGUCGAGAAGGGCGCAAACGUUGAGAUUGCCGACUACCUUGGCGCGACACCACUCCACUAUGCAGUGACCAAUCAGAGUUGUCACAAAGCCGUCAAGCUCAUGGUGAAUCGCGGUGCCAAAGUGAAUGCGAUCGACAACACCGGACAGACACCGAUAUUCUACGCGUCGCGCUCCGGUCAUCCAAAGAAUGUAAAAGCGCUGUUGCGCUCCGGUGCACAAGCCAGCGUAAAAGACUAUCAGAACAAGACACCGCUCCACUUCUCACUGGAUAUUGCCAAUCCAACCAUUAGCAGUAUGUUGGUGUCGGGUGGCGCCGAUGCAUAUAGUAUUUAUGAUCAAGAGGUAGGAUAUUGUCAAGGAAUGAGUGGAAUCGCUUCUAUUUUGCUGAUGUAUAUGACUGAGGAGGAAGCAUUUUGGUCGUUGGUUUCACUGAUGGAGAAUGAAAAGUAUGAGUUGCGAGGAUUGUUUUUACCGUCAUUCCCGCUGCUCUAUAGACACUAUGCGAUUCACGAGUCGUUGCUACACGAUGAACUCCCGCGUAUACAAUCACACUUUGGCAUCGAGGGAGUGACCACCUCUAUGUAUGCAACCAAGUGGUUCCUCACGGUGUUCAGUGGUAACGUGCCAUUCCCUCUGCUCAUUAGAUUCUGGGAUUUGGUACUGAUACACGGUUACUAUGUCAUUCACACGCUGGUCAUCCACAUCCUCAGAAUCAAUCAAGACACACUCAUCAAAGAAGGCUUUGAAAAGAUACUCAGUAUCUUCUCUAGUCUCGACUCCAACGGUAUCGAUACCUACAGCUUCUGCAAAGGCGCUAGAAAGCAUAAGAUAUCCGAGAAGAAAGUAGCUAAACUACUGAAAAAACACGACCUUCAACAAACUCAAUUACAUAUUCACCCGGGUGGAGUACCUAUUAAUUCGUAA